UGCUGAGGAUAUGGAGAGGAGGGAAAGAGAAAGGAUGACAGAGCGGCUGUGGACAGCAGAGAAGAUUGAAGAUGAGAAGAAAUGGCUCGAGGAGAUAAUGAGGUCCGAGAAGGAAAAGGAGGAGCGGAGGAGAGCCGAGGAGGAGCCAGAUUGGCUGAGGGAACUCCUGAGCGCUAAACGAGUUGAGGAGCAAAGACCAAGGAGGGCUGGGGAGGAGGAGAGGCAGAGAGAGGCAGAGAGAUACCAGCACCAUCUGAUGAGUUUGGAGCAUGAAGCAGCUAUGGAGAGAGAAGUGGCGAAAAAGAAGCACGAUGCCAGAAUUAAAGAAUUAACAAUAGAGGUAGAGGCAAACUAUCAGGCAGCUGUUAGAAAACUGGAAGAAGAGAGAGCAUUAUCUCAGAGGCGGGAGGCAGAACUGCGCAAACUUCUUGAACUGGAGCAACAAGGGUUUCAAGGGGUUCAAGGGGUUCUGAGACACGCCGAUGGCCCACCAACCUGGACCUGGGACCAGAGGUGGCGAAAAUUAAAGCGCCAACUUAGAGAGAUGGAGCAGAGGGUAGAUAUGGCGCAUGAGACAGAGAUGGCUUUGCAGAGGGAAAAUGAGGAGAGGGCAGAGAUGGCGCUUGAGAGAGAGAUGGCUUUGCGGAGGGAAAAUGAGGAGAGGGCAGAGAGGGAGAGAGUUCUUGAGAGAAAGCUUGAGGCAGCGCACCAAAGGGAACUGGAGCUGAUGAAGAAGAUGUCGACAAUGGAAAAAGAUAUAAAGAAACUGAGAGAAAAGCUAGUGGAGGACAAAACACAAGAGGAAGAGCUGACAGACAGCAGCCUCAAUGCAGUGUUGAAACAGAAGGAGAGCCCAAGAGGUGAGAGGAACGGACUUUUCAGCCGUUUGACGAGAACCGGCAGCAAAUUCAUGAAACAGAAGAAACAAAAGGUGGCAAAGAUGGAGAAAGAAGCAGAUUGUGACGCAGAUGGCAAUGAAAUACAGGAUCCAGUGGUGAGAAGGAAAGGCCCGAAAAAAAAGGACCAGACAGCAAAAAGGUCUGGAAAUGAAGUUGGAAGAGGAGAUUCCACCAGACAUGAGCAAUCAAGAUGAGGAUGAGAGUAUGGCAGGGGAGGAGUGUGCGGCGCCUGCUAGUAGCCUGAGGUCGAAAAUGAAAAGGAAGUUGGAAGAAGAGAUUCCACCAGACAUGAGCAAUCAAGGUGAGGAUAAGAGUAUGGCAGGGGAGGAGCGUGCGGCGCCUGCUAGUAGUCCGAAGUGGGUGGGCUGGAUGAAAAAGAAGGCCAAUGAAUGGGAGACCAAGAAGGCAGAGUGGGACGCUAAGCAAAUAGCUGCGCUGAAGCAAAGACGGCUGGAUAAAAAGAAGAAUUGCAAGACAUAGAGAACAAGUACCUUCGACAAUUACAGAAAAUGGAAACGCCUGCUAGCCUUAAGUGGGAAAUGGAAAUGAAGUUGGAAGAGGAAAUUCCACCAGACAUGAGCAAACAAG